AUGUACGCCAUCUUCGAGGAAAUCGUCGGGCCACACCCACAGCAUACGAAACACUCCCCAAAGGAUCGCUCCAAAGGUGACAACGAUCCUGGGGCGGUGACAGACCAAGAUGCAAACGGGAAAACAUUAAACUCUUCCACGAGUUCUUCCAUACAGCACUAUGCCAGAGCCAAAACGAAGAGACACAAUCUUCUCUACGGACAACAUUCCCACAGCCUUCCUCGCAAGAAACCACUCACUGGUGAGGAUUCAGAUGACGCUUCUUCGGGUAAUCCACUUCUGGACACUAUUAGUGUGCUCACGUACGAUCCACAUGACGAUUCGGACGAUUAUUACGAUUUGAAUGGGGGAGGGAAGAAAGAAAGCGUGAACGAAGAUGAGGGCUAUUCUUCAACUAAAUGUCGGAACGAAAGCAGAGAAAAGAAGCUGCAUGGUGUUGAGGGAGACAGAGAUUCAAUCGCAUAUGCUGGCUCCAGCUCGAUUGACAGUGGGUAUAAGAGCUUCUGCCCCACCCCUGAAAUGCCUGAUCCUUCCAUCUACGGAUCAGAUGUAAGGACUAACCUUUGUUCUAACAGACUGUGCACUGAACAGCCAGUUAGGGCGAAGGACGACACCGACACUCGUUCCUACUCAUUUGGGGCGCAUGACAGGUGUGGUGAUAAGUCGCACCUUAUGGUAGGAACAAAGACACUCGGGAGACAGGGGGGUCAAGUAUCCUCAUCACCCCUCAGAGAUUCUCCCCAAAGAAGAUCGGAUUCGAGUCUUUACGAUGUUAAUUUAGAUCAUUUGAUGUACCUCAGGCAAUCUUUACUGAGUGCCAUACAAAAAUGCCAAUCUUCGAAAACAGACUCAUGUGCCAAAGAGUGCACGAAAGAGACUCACAAAACUGACGAACAGUCCUCCAAAACAUACCAAAAAACGGUUCGCUUCAAUACUGAUGUUGAGGUCUCUACUUUGAGCUCCAUUCCUCAUCAAGGUGAGGAUUCUGGAGGAAAAACUUCAUCUGAGACAGAACCAGUGAAAGUUCAGCAGUCCAAAUCCAUUCUAAAGGACCCUUUAUGUGCAAAUCUACGCUCCCAGCUGGAAUCUGGUGCAGGUGACUGUACUUUAGAGGAAGAAAUCGAUUCUCUUUUGUAUGGCAGAGCUGAAUUUUAUGACCUAGAAAGUGUAGAUGAUUUUCCAUGCAGUUAUGUGACUAUGAUCGAAGAGAAAUACCGCAGUACUAAACCAAGUCUUGCCAAAGUCAGGAAACUCAAAGUUUUUGAUUACGGUGCUGAACUCCUUAUCACCGCUUAUGAUAGUGCUCUAGAUAAACUAGACGUUGCACAAAACAAGGCAUUAAGACUCAUUACUGGUGCAACAAAAUCAACCCCUAUUGCUGCUAUGGAGUUGCAAACUGCGACUUAUUGCUUGUCAGAUAGACGGACCUACAGUGCUUUACCCCUAGGUUCAAAGCUUCACGAAAACUGCUCUAAACCUGUCAACGAAUCUGGAGAAAAUGAAAGCUCGGUUAAGCUUGAUUCUGAAAAUGAAUCCAGUUGUAAGCAACCUCAAUCGACUAAAGAAACUUCUUCGCCACCUUCAACAACUGUAUCGAUGAGUAAGACAGCAAAAUGCCGAUUCACUGAAGUGGCCCGCUGUAUGCUCGAAAUCAUCGAAGACCUUCAACUAGAGAAUGGUAAAGAUGCAAACACUAAUCACCUUGAAGAUGCUUCAAGUACCGCCUCCGAGGGCGGGGCUUUGAAAAAGGAGAAUGAGUGCUACACAACUGCUGCAGAAUACCACGUAUAUGAGGAAAUUGAUUACGACUUUGUGAAACCUCUGCCAAAUAAAACUUUACACGAAGUCCCACCACCCCUUCCUGCUCGUCCUAGCACAUUGUUUGUCUGUCCAGCUCCAUCACCUCCACCUCCGAGAAAGAGGAAAAGUAGUCCGAAGAAGUCUCCAAUUCAGUUGGGCGGGGCUACUGAAGAGGUAAGGAAUCGCCCUAAACAGAGAGGCAAUCUCUACUGUCUCUUUGCUGAUCGAGCUGAGAGGAGAAGUUUAUCCAGGUCUCUGGAACGAGAAUGGAGAGGAAGUGGAUCUCCAGAUAACCAUGAAGAUGACUAUGGAUUUAAGAAGGAAUUUCCCUCAAUUUGA